AUGAGGACAGACUUCUUCCACCGCCUCCCACCGCCCAUGGCCGCCUUCGUCCUGGCCGCCCUUCUCGACAUGACAGCCGCCCAUGUCCUCCAGCCCUUUCCCCGACAUACACAACCGCCAACGACAACAGUGCCACAUCAUGCCAUCAGCGCCGUUUCGUGGCCGCUGCUGCUGCCAACAGCGGCGCCCCUAGACCCCCUCGACCUCCGCCGCCGCCAAGACACGAACACCGUCUGCGGCUUCCUCGGCGGCGUCUCAGCGCUGCCCGCGACAUGUAGCGCGGGGUCGCAUUGCGUGUUGGACACGCAGCACAGCGCCGUGGGCUGCUGCCCCAACGGCCAAGAAACAUGUACGGCGGGCGUGUUCACGAGCUGCGUUGACGCGAACAGCGGGCCGCAGACCGAGGUCAACCCAUAUGUCUUCACAUGCCUGAGCAGCGACGUCUGCUACAAGAACGUGUUCGACGGCGGCUUCUCGCAGUUUGGCUGCGGCACGGCGAGCGACCUAGCCACAACGGUCCUUGCGACGGCGAGUGGAAUCACGCAAGUGUUGGUGCGCCCUACGUUGAACGUCCCGUUCACAGACCCCGUCAGCACUCUAAGAACGCCAACAACGCUCGGCACCGUGGCGUCGUCGUCAUCCACCACUACCCGACCGUUGACAUCGUCUUCUAUAACAGCAGCUCAGUCUUCCCCGGCAACGACUGACCCGUCGUCCUCGACGUCCUCAGCAUCCUCGACGUCCUCGACUUCCUCGACCGCGACCACUAAAACCGCCGAUCCCACCGCCGCCCCGGCCGCCACCACUUCGGGCGACCGCACGGGCGUUAUCGUUGGCGGCACUAUCAGCGGCGUGGCUGUUCUGGUCGCCGUGAUCGCCGUGGCCGCCUUCUUCAUGCGCCGGCGGGGGAGCAACGUACGCAGCGGACCCGGCAGCAACUCCCCCGCCACCGGCAAGUACAUCAGCCCGCCGCGGCCGGGGCCGAGCACGGGGUUCAUGGCAGUGGCAGCGCAGGACAGCGACGCCUUCGAGACCGGAGGAGGCAAUCCAAGUGCGAUGCUGCCGCCGAUGGCGACGGCACCGGCCUUCUCGUCCGAAAUCACGGCGGGCGGCCCGUCGCCCUUUGCAUACGCGGGGGCGGCCGGCGUCCUGCCCCCCUCUGCCGGAGCGCGCGCCGCCCCUGGUCCUCCUCCCCUGCAGCCCAUAGUCACCAGCCCCAGCAUCUACGCGGCUUACCCGUCGUACCCGCCCCAGGACGACCCCAACCGCUACCACUACCCCGGCCAGUACCCCGCCGCGUACGCGGGCGCGGGCUCGGGCAGGGUGGAGCCGGACCAGGUGCCGCUGACGCGCGAGAUCGACGACUUCUCGCAGGGCUUCCAGGUAGCGCUGGGGCGCAUCGGCGAGGAGGACGAGGAUCGCCUAGUGCAAGGUGCCGGGAACGGGGGUGGUCGCGGCGGCCUCGAGGAUCUCGCGGUCAACGAGGGCAAUGGCGUUAAUGGGCCUCCCCCUGUUGCUGCUGGUACCGGCGCCACUGCUGCCGCUGCCGCUGCCGCCGCUGGGGACAACGCGUCCACGUCCAACGCAAGCUACAGGGGAUCAGUGCGGCCGCUGUGGCAGCAGAAUCGCCGGCAGAGCAGGAACCUCAUGUGGAUGUGA